AUGGCGGGAUCAGCUCUGCGACGACUGAUGGCAGAGUACAAGCAGUUGACAUUGAAUCCGCCCGAAGGCAUAAUUGCCGGACCCAUCGACGAGGAGAACUUCUUUGAGUGGGAAGCGCUCAUCACAGGUCCAGAGGGCACUUGUUUUGAUGGCGGAGUAUUCACAGCGCGAUUGACUUUUCCCAACGAUUAUCCGCUUUCACCGCCAAAAAUGCAAUUCAUAUCCGAUAUGUUUCACCCGAAUAUCUACGCCGACGGAAGAGUCUGUAUAUCAAUACUUCACGCGCCGGGAGACGACCCGAUGGGCUAUGAGUCGAGUGCUGAGCGCUGGUCACCCGUUCAGAGUGUCGAGAAAGUGUUGUUAUCUGUGGUGUCGAUGUUGGCCGAGCCUAACGACGAGUCCGGAGCUAAUGUGGACGCGGCUAAGAUGGUUGGAAGUGCUGGAAGUGAUGAUUUUGGUGACAUGAAGUGGUAUUCAUCACUUCCUCAAUACAUAUAUUGUGCCGAUUGUGGGGACAAAGCGUUUGGACCGCAACUCACCGAUCAUUCACUUCACUCAACACUCGACCAAUUGGUUGAAAGACAACACUUCGUGAUCAUCGAUGGCCUGUUUGUCAAAUCAGAUGUGAUAACCGCUGAACGAGAAUUGGCUUUAGUUGAGGCCAUUGACGGCAUUCCGUGGGUUGACUCGCAGUCCGGUCGACGCAAACAGGAUUUCGGACCACAAAUCAAUUUCAAGAAACAAAAAGUAAAGUUGAAUUCAUUCAAUGGUUUGCCUCAAUUCGAUCGGCAACUGAUCCAAGAAAUUGCAAACCAAUUGACCGAUUCUAGUGUUCUGAAGGACUUCUUGGCCGUCGAAGUGUGUCAUCUCGAGUAUAAUCCCCGCAACGGUUCGUCCAUUGACUUACAUUUUGAUGACUUCUGGAUUUGGGGUCAAAGACUGGUGACGGUUAACCUCUUAUCUCCCACUGUAUUGACGUUUGUUUUGCCCAAACAAACUCGUGACCAAAUAGAGGCCAAUCACCGCAUUUGUGUGCAAUUACCCCAACGAUCACUUAUAGUGGUGUCCGGCGAUUGUCGCUAUAAAUACCAGCACUCAAUCAGACCACAAGAUAUCCAAAGCAGAAGAAUUGCAAUCACUUAUAGAGAAUUGAGUGACCAGUUUGUGCCAAACGGACCGUUUUAUGAAAACGCCGGCAAACAAAUCAUGUCACGAGCUUUGAUUGAUUUGGUCUUUUAA